CUACUCUCUCGUCUCUCUUCGCCGUCUUCAUCUCUCCCGGCGAAACCCUAAUCGAACAGCUCGGAUUCGAUCCGUCGUAUAAACCCUAGUAUCUGUUGUGUUCUAAGAAAGAUGGAGUGGAAUCAGGCGACUCUAGAGUUCCUUUCGCAAUGUUUUCUUAACACGCUCUCUCCGAUACCGGAGCCUCGUCGAACAGCUGAGAAAGCACUAUCGGAUGCCGCCGAUCUACCUAACUACGGCCUUGCCGUUCUCCGGUUGGUGGCUGAGCCCGCAAUCGACGAACAGACGCGUCACGCCGCUGCUGUCAACUUUAAGAACCAUCUCCGUUCGCGGUGGCUUCCUGCUGGUGAUUCUGGUAUCUCACCGAUCGUUGAUUCGGAGAAGGAGCAGAUCAAGACACUCAUCGUCUCUCUUAUGCUCUCUUCUUCUCCUCGUAUCCAGAGCCAGUUGAGUGAAGCCCUAGCCGUCAUUGGUAAGCACGAUUUCCCCAAAUCUUGGCCUGCUUUGCUUCCUGAGCUUAUCGCCAACCUUCAAAAAGCUGCUCUCGCUGGCGAUUAUGUCUCCGUCAAUGGUAUACUUGGGACAGCUAGUUCGAUUUUCAAAAAGUUUAGGUAUCAGUAUAGAACCGAUGAUCUGUUUCUUGAUUUGAAGUAUUGCCUGGAUAGUUUUGCUGCUCCUUUGACUGAAAUAUUCCUGAAAACGUCUUCGUUGAUUGAUUCUGCUGCGAGCUCUGGUGGGUCUGCUGCGAUCCUGAAGCCUCUGUUUGAGUCCCAAAGGCUGUGCUGUAGAAUAUUUUACUCGUUGAACUUUCAGGACUUACCGGAGUUUUUCGAGGACCAUAUGAACGAGUGGAUGGGAGAGUUUAAGAAGUAUCUAUCUUCAAAUUAUCCCGCCUUGGAAAGCACAGAAGAGGGGUUAACACUUGUUGAUGAUCUUCGCGCUGCUAUUUGCGAGAACAUCAAUCUUUAUAUCGAGAAAAACGAAGAAGAGUUUCAAGGCUUUUUGAAUGAGUUUGCAUCAGUUGUCUGGACAUUGCUCCGAGAUGUGUCAAAGUCUCCUAGCAGAGAUCAACUAGCUACUACAGCAAUCAAGUUUUUGACCACUGUGAGCACAAGUGUUCACCAUGCUUUGUUUGCGGGCGACAAUGUUAUCAAGGAAAUUUGCCAAAGUAUUGUGAUUCCCAAUGUUUCUUUGAGGGCGGAAGAUGAAGAAAUUUUCGAGAUGAACUAUAUAGAGUUUAUCCGUAGAGACAUGGAGGGAAGUGAUGUGGACACUAGAAGGAGAAUAGCUUGUGAGCUACUCAAAGGACUUGCCACAAACUACAAAACACAAGUGACAGAAGUAGUUUCUCUUGAGAUACAGAAGCUCUUGAGUUCAUUUUCAACAAAUCCGUCUGCACACUGGAAAGAUAAGGAUUGUGCAAUUUACUUGGUUGUCUCUCUAUCUACUAAGAAGGCAGGGGGUGCAUCUGUGUCUACAGAUCUCAUUGAUGUUCAAAACUUCUUUACAAGCAUUAUUCUCCCAGAGCUGCAAAGCCGCGAUGUCAACAGUUUUCCGAUGCUAAAGGCAGGGUCCUUGAAGUUUUUAACAAUGUUUCGUAGUCAUAUACCAAAGCCCUUUGCAAUGCAGUUGUUCCCAGAGUUGGUCCGAUUCCUUAAAGCAGAGUCGAACGUGGUCCACUCUUAUGCUGCUAGCUGCAUAGAGAAGCUCUUGCUAGUGAAGGAGGAAGGCGGAAGGGGUAAUAGGUAUGCUGCUGGUGAUAUAAGUCCGUUUUUGCUGCAGUUGAUGACGAACCUGUUUGAUGCGCUGAAGUUUCCAGAAUCAGAGGAGAAUCAAUAUCUGAUGAAGUGUAUAAUGCGGGUCCUUGGUGUUGCUGAUAUCAGUGCUGAGGUUGCUGGACCUUGCAUCGGGGGAUUGACCUCUAUUCUCAGUGAAGUUUGCAAAAAUCCUAAAAAUCCUAUAUUUAACCACUAUCUCUUUGAGUCUGUGGCUGUACUUGUUCGACGGGCAUGUGAACGCGAUAUUUCUCUUACAUCUGCAUUUGAAACGAGUCUUUUCCCAAGCCUCCAGAUGAUUUUGGCCAAUGAUAUCACAGAGUUCUUGCCUUAUGCGUUUCAGUUGCUGGCUCAGCUUGUUGAGUUAAAUAGACCACCUCUCUCACCAAACUACAUGCAGAUCUUCUUGCUGCUCCUCUCGCCUGAGUCAUGGAAGAGGAAUGGCAAUGUUCCAGCUCUUGUGCGGCUGCUUCAAGCUUUUCUGCAGAAAGCACCUCAUGAGGUUACUCAAGAGAAUCGGUUGAGUCAAGUUCUGGGGAUAUUUGAAAAGCUGGUUGCAUCUCCUAGCACAGAUGAGCAAGGCUUUUAUAUCCUUAACACGAUUAUUGAGAAUCUGGACUACAGUGUGAUUGCACCUUACAUGAAGGGUAUAUGGAGUGCUCUAUUCACACGCCUUCAAAACAAAAAGACAGUCAAGUUCCAGAAGUCGCUAGUAAUAUUCAUGUCGCUCUUCUUGGUGAAGCAUGGACAGGCUUAUCUAGUGGAGACUAUGAAUACUGUUCAGCCAAACAUCUUCACUGCUAUCUUGGAGCAUUUCUGGAUUCCGAACCUGAAACUGAUCAUGGGGAGUAUCGAGGUAAAGUUAACGGCAGUUGCUGCGACUAGACUCAUAUGUGAGACUCCGGCUCUCCUGGAUCCAUCAGCUGCUAAACUCUGGGGGAAGAUGCUUGAUAGCAUAGUGACACUUGUUUCCAGGCCUGAGCAAGAAAGGGUACUUGAUGAACCUGAAAUGCCAGAAAUCUCGGAGAAUGUUGGAUACACAGCUGCGUUUGUGAACCUUCACAAUGCAGGGAAAAAAGAAGAGGAUCCUCUGAAAGACAUCAAGGACCCGAAACAGUUCUUGGUCGCUUCUGUUUCGAGGCUUUCUUCUGCUUCUCCUGGUAGGUACCCACAGAUAAUUGGUGAGAAUCUCGAACAAGCUAACCAAGCAGCUUUGCUCCAGCUCUGCAAUGCUUACAACUGUGGAAUUGCUUGAAGGAGAGAUGGGUUUGACGGGAAAGAAGAAGGGAAACACAGCAUCACUGCAUUGCAUAGCGUCUGCGAAGAAAAAGUGGUCAAAUCAUAAUGCAUAUUUUUGUCUUAAAAUCGGGAGUUUCAUAGCAUUUGGAAGUUAGAUUAGAGAAGAGCAUCAUCUUCCAAAAACUUGGAUUUCUUUUUUUGGAUUACGCAUUUGAAUGGGGGUUUGUCUUGUUUUCCCUUCAAAGUAAAGCAUAUUGAUCUCUGUAUGAACUGUGUGUUUAUGUGCAUUUUGUCGUUGUCUGAUGGUCAUUGUUGUUAUUAAAGAUGGAGAAAGCCAAGCAUGUUUCAUAAACUUCACGAUUUGGA